GAAUGUUUCCCGCCGCUGAUCACGUGACUUCAUCCGGCCUGCCAGCAGCCUGCGGCCCAUGUGGAGAAGCAAGAUGGCGGCUCGGUUCAGUGGGGAAGACGGUCAUUUAAACACCGGCAAAAACGACUUUCUCCUCCACAACACCUCCAACGAGUUGGUCCUGAACAGAAGCCAUGUCGAAGGAGUCAACUUGGACACACAAAGUGUCGAUCACUCCAUCUUGGCCCUUUUUGAAGACUCUACUGCUKCAUCAGAGAGUAAGAUCAUGAUGGAAGAGGAGAGCGAGACCUUGCUGUCUGCGCUGACGGAGAUGCUGGACAGGGUGGAGGAAGAUGAAGAUCAAGCUUUUUCCCCCUUCGACGUCCUGCCAGACUCGGAGUUCCURCGACGAGCGGCGCACAGGGACGACAGCAAACUUUCAUCGACGCAGAGGCUUCAGUCAAAAACCAAACCACUUGAUAAAGCUCUAAUAAUGAAGACUAAUGGAGAAAACUGCCAGGAGUGUAAACUAGAAAACAAAAGUCUUCAAAAUCAAAUUUURUUUUGCAAAAAGAAUGAUAAAUCAGAGGCUAAAGUUGACGUUUUCAGCUCGACGUCCAUCGUCAGCCUGGUGAACCUCAUGCAUACGUACUGCCUGAAGCUGCACGUGGAGAAGGAGGACGAAUCGAGGAGAAACCGGUCGCUUUUUUCUCAGGAGGAGGUGUGGAGGUACGAACGGCCCACCGAGCAGGAGAGCGGCGAAGAAGUAAACGUCGUAUCUGACGAGGAGGCGCCYGCGAAGGAGGCGAGGCGGGAGGACCGGCUGAGCGGAGGUGAAGGUCGACGCCUGAAGAGCGCGCUGCUGAACGGAAACUCGUGCAGAGCUCCGUCGACCAGAGAGAGGAAGAGGGUGAGCUUCGGUCCCGUUCGUGUGGCUUCGUUCGAUGAAUCGGAGGAAAACCGAACUGUUGGACACGAAGCGGGAACGCUCACACGCGACAGAGACGACAACGCCGACGCUGGGCAGCAGAGGGGUAAAAAAGCGAAGGCGCUCAGCCUGCAGGAGUACCGCCAACUUCGUCAGAACAAGCGCCCCCUGGUGGAGAAGCAGGGGGAUUACACCACCAAGUGGCCCUCCGUUCCUGAGACACCCAAAGAGCUGACUCCGAUCUUCUGCUUUCAGGGGCAGAAACAAAACCCCUGCAGACCAAAGUCGACUCCCCAUCAUCCAGAGAGUUCCCCCCAUCGUGCCCCUUCACUGCAAGCUCCUAAUCCCGCCGAGUCCAAACCUCAUCGCAGCAGAUUAAAGGGCUCACGCGCCGAACCCAGAACCAUCUCACCUGCCAGCCCGCUCCCAGAUAACACACCUGACCCCAACGCCGUCCUGCUAGAAAGCAAGAGAAGUCCGGUGAAGAAGCAAACACUACUUAAUGUUGAUCCUCCAAACCCCGUCCUCCUCCCCCUGCCUUCAGCUUCUGCUGCCAGCUCCUCGUCACAGUCCACGUGUUCGCAAGGAACCCAAAACAAACCCUCAGCUGCACCGUCUCAGGCCAUCACCUCAAGCUCCAAGUCACCCGUGCCACCCGCAAACCAAGAGUUUAUCGUAAAUAACAUUACACCAUCUCAGGAGGGGGAGUCCAGCCCCACCAAGCUGCCUCCAGCACAAACCGGCUCAGCUGCAGCGUCUCAACCAUCUCUGACGAGCCGUCUGAGUCAAACGAAGUGUCCCACACCUGUCCUCAGCCCGUCUCCACGUCUCACAGACGUUAGCCAGAGUCCACCUGAAGAACCAUCUCCUCCACCUCCAGACGUUAGCCAGAGUCCACCUGAAGAACCGUCUCCUCCACCUCCAGACGUUAGCCAGAGUCCACCUGAAGAACCGUCUCCUCCACCUCCAGACGUUAGCCAGAGUCCACCUGAAGAACCGUCGCCUCCACCUCCAGACGUUAGCCAGAGUCCACCUGAAGAACCGUCGCCUCCUCACACUGACCUCAGACAGCCGAGUGCUGCGGUCCAGUCAGGAAUUGAAGCGUCCGAUCUGACCAGCCUGCUGGAACAGUUUGAGGAGACACAAGCUUUAAAGGAUCCAGUCUGUGAAACUGAACCCAAACUCGUCUCUGCUUCUUCACCCUCAAACCCACAAACAGACACGAACAGAACYGAACCUGCAGGAUCACAGAGGACCUCCAGGUUGCAGCUCAAACCUCUCGAGGAACCACUUGAACCUCGGAGAACUUCCGGGGGUCUGUUGGACCUGCAGACGUCGGAGCCUGCAGACGUCCCCGAGCCCCUCGGCACUGAAGUGGUUCUGAGCUCUGAGCGGGAGCUGCUCUCCAGACGACAAAGACCUGUGUGUAAGUCCGUUCAGAUCAUCGACCCGCGCCCGCUCCCGGCCAAGAAGACUCAGCCGGGCCCGGCAGAGUCCUCUCCCGCUCACUUGUUUUCACAUUUACCCUUGGAUCACGAUUACUGCGGCUCUGUGGAUUCUCCUCCCUUUCAAUGCAACARCRCAAAGCYCCCCCYUCUCAGAGARAUGUCAAAACCCCCAACAGAACCGYAUGAGGUGACCCGGGUCUCCAAACCUCCAGAGGAGAGUAAAAAACACAACUCAGACCAAACAACUGCAUUUCAGCAUCACCCAGAACAACCCUGGACCCGUUCAGAAGCUCUGCCCUUCUCAGAAACAUCAACCAUGGGGGACUUUAGUCCCAACAAAACCCAGAGCCCCCCUUCCAUCCUUCCUACACCCCCRCCCAGCCCUCCUGUAAGAGGGAGGGACAAGAGGAGAUAUCGAGGACGAUCUCCACUCUCUGACUCCAGCUCCAGGUCAUCAUCUUCCUCCUCGAGCUGUUCAUCUUGCUCUCCGAAAAGACCGAGGAUCCGUCGCAGGCGAUCAGGGAGCAGUUCGUCUUCGUCGUCCUGCGCGUCCCGCUCCCCUCCUCGGUGCUACGGGUUGUCUUAUCCCAGAUUCAGCAGGUCAAGAGCCAGGUCCUGGUCCCGGUCUAGAUCCCCCUCGCUGUCCCGGUCGCCUUCUCCGCAGAUGCGCCGCAGGCCGUGGAGAGAAGUCCGCAGCAGCAGGGAGUCCAAGAGGCUCAGGAGGGAGCAGGAGACGAGGAGUCAGAAGCUUAAAGCCAUAGAUGAGCGCAGGGUGGUCUACGUUGGCCGCAUCCGUAGAAGCAUGACCCAGGACGAGCUGAGUGAACGCUUCUCUCAGUUUGGAGAGGUGGAGUGUGUGUCGCUUCACUUCAGAGAGCGAGGGGACCACUACGGUUUUGUGACGUUCUACAACAUGGAAGACGCUUUCGCAGCCAUCGAUAACGGCGGCAAACUGCGGCAGCCCGACGAGCUACCGUUUGACAUCUGCUUCGGUGGACGGAGACAGUUCUGUAACACGGACUACGCCGAUCUGGACGCGAACAGAGAYGCAGAGCCGACCUCGCCCAAAAGCCGGUUUGAAGACCUGGACUUUGAUUCUCUGCUGAAACAGGCUCAGAGAGGACUGAAGAGGUAACAGAACCGAGCAGGGUCGCACACAGGACAGUUUUCAUCCAUCUCAGGGCAGCGUGCUCACCCUUUAUGUAGAAAAGUUUACUAUUUUCUUUGUUUUUUAAUGGAUUAUUAAACUGCAUGCAUGUUUUUGUUAACUUUGUAUGAGCAGAUAUGUAGCACUUGUAUCAUUAUGAGCUUGCAGUUUUUCUGAGUUGUAAAGUUAAAACAUUAUGUAGCACUCUUGAAUUGAACAUAUUUUUGUUAUUAAUCGCUACAUUCCAGAGCACUGAUAAAGUUUUGUUUACACCAGUA